AUGGCAGGAAUUGAUGAAAAAUGGGAGCGGCCCGCACCUCGCCCUCCCCGGCCGCGCCUCGCCCCUUGUGAGGUCACCCUGAUUGGGGACGCGAGGCCCCCGCCACCCCGUCCCUGCCCGGCCCAGGCACCGACGGUGCAGAAGGAGCGAGGGUGGCAACGCUCUCUUCAGCGACGCGCCCUGGAGCCCCCGUCCGCCCCUGGGAACAAGCAGGCAGGGGUGGGCGCCGGCAGGGGCAGGGCGUGUUCCCUGGCCGCGCCUCGCCGGGCCGACGCCCCCCACCCCUCCCCGGGUCGCCCGCGCCGCAGACCGCAGCCCGGAAGCCUGCACGCCCAGCUCCGCGCCCUGGAAGCUCGCGCAUGCGCGCCGAAGCCCCGCAGCUGUUUGGCCGUUUCCAUGGCUACGAAGAGGGUUGACCGGGGGCCUGGGAAGGAGAAAAUGAAGCUUAAGAGCCUCCUGCUCCGGUAUUACCCGCCAGGUACCGGCCGGGCCUCCUCCGUCCUGGCGUGGGGUCCUGGGCUCUGGCUCUGGGAGGCUGCGCGGCGGCGGAGGGUGCGGGGACUCGAGGGGCCGGCGGGGUCCCCUAGAAUUAUGUUGGAGUAUGAGAAGAGUGGAGAGUUGAAAACCAAAUCCAUAGAUUUGCUCAACCUCAGUUCCAGCACUGAUGUCAAUGUCUUAGUAGAAGAGAUACAGAAAGCAGAGCCUCUAAUCACAGCUUCACGAUCAGAUCAAGUAAAGCUUUUAAUACAGAGAUUACAAGAUAAACUCAGACAGCACAGUAACCACAAAUUUUAUCUUUUUAAGGUUCUCAGAGCACAUAUACUGCCAUUGACUAAUGUUGCACUUAAUAAAUCAGGCUCAUGCUUUAUCACAGGAAGCUAUGAUCGGACAUGUAAAGUCUGGGACACUGCAUCUGGAGAGGAGCUUCACACCCUGGAGGGCCACAGGAAUGUGGUCUAUGCCAUAGCAUUCAACAAUCCUUACGGUGACAAAAUUGCUACUGGGUCCUUUGAUAAGACUUGUAAGCUAUGGAGUGCAGAAACAGGAAAAUGUUACCAUACCUUUAGAGGUCAUACAGCAGAAAUA